AUGGAAGCCCUCGCCGAAACCAUUGGGCCCCACCUAAACAUCUUCUCGUACAACCUAGACAAGAGGCGGUGGGGCGACAAUGCCGCUUUUGUUGCCCGGUCAAUGAAGAUCGUUCAUCCCCUCCUCGUCGUUGCCUAUGGUGAUGAGACGGCGAGUGCUUUUGAGAAGAGCCUCUUCCGUCGGAUAGACGAGGCUUUGCCGGCAGACUUUCAUGAUGAUGGGCAUGAGAGCACGAUGGGGGACCUCGAGGGAAUUCCAAAGUGGUGCCGUGCACCUUUGCUCGCGUCAGAGGGCGAUCUCCGAAAGGAGAACGUCAUUGUCUGCUAUGGCAGUGGGGACAUCGACAUUGCAGUCGCGCAAAUGCCCUCUGAGGAGACAAACGUGCUACUCUGGGCAAAGGACACCCCACCUCGCCAACUCGCAGAGAUAGAUAAUCUCGUGGGCCAAGAACAACUCGUCGCGUCAGGAGUUGAGCUUAGGAUCAUGUCCCAGAAGCCGUGCAGGCAAAGGUAA